UUUUCAUAUUAUUAUCAGACUUCAGUAAUUUUUUUUAGACUUUGUUUCAUUUUUAAUUGUGGUUUGUUUAAAUUCUUAAAAUUUUACAAACAUUACUGUAAAUCUAAUAGAUUUUGUGGUGUGGAGGCUGUGGCUCAGAGUGGAUUGUUUACUAAUCGCAAGGUUGCUGGUUCAAUCCCCCCACCUCCAAAUGCCGAAGUGCCCUUGGCCAAGACACAGCUUUGGUAUUUUUUUCUCUUCAUGAUUGAUUGUUGAUUUUGAUGAUUGAUGCAAAUCUCCUACCAAGUCAUUGCUGGCAAUAGCUUGCUCAUGUUUCGUAUACGAUGUGAUUGAGUUACUAAUUGAUCAGCACCACUUUUUGACUGAUUCAUUAUCCAUUUGUUAAUUUAUGAUUGUGGAUGGGAUGAUGUCUUAUAAGUGCAUUUGAAAUUGAAUUUCACACUUGCUCACAUUUUUGAUAUCAAAUGAAAUCGUUGGCAAUUCCUCAUUUCAUUUAUCACAUUUUCUGCUCACACUAUUUUGCGUGAUCAUGCAGGUGUUUUGACCCAUUCAGGAGUUCCUAUUCUGUUAUGACCAUAUGUUUGUGAGAGGGAGUGUGCUUAUGGCGAGAGAGGGAGAUGGAGCGAGUGAGGGGGAGACGGUGAAUGAGCCGGAGUCGCAGAGGGACUAAGGGAUUCGUUGAGGCAAGGAAAGAUCUGUUGGUCUUCAUUCUGCUUUAUUUUUCUCUCUAGAAGUUUUCACACAGGUGACUCACCAUGAACAUGUCAGAGAAGAUUUCAUUCCUGUUCAGCUGUAAUGUCAGCCCAAGUGAAAUGCCUCAACUCGACAUUAGUGUCACCAAAAGUGAGCCGCUGACAAUUGCUGUCCCCAUGACCAUCCUCUACAGCAUCGUCUUCUUGUUUGGAGUCUUAUUCAAUGGUGUGAGCAUACUGACCCUCCUCAUGGAUGCUCAUAUGAGAGUCAGCGCCAUUCGUUUCUACCUACUCAGCCUGGUAAUAUCAGACAUUCUCCAGCUGAUGACCAUCCCAGUCACUUUGUACCGAUACUACUGGGAGAGCUACCCAUGGCGUCUGGGCCAAGCAGUGUGCAAGGUCUACUUCAUGGUUCGGCAAAUUUACUGUGCCACCACAAGCUGGGUUAUCGUGACAUUCACCAUGGAACGCUACGCAGCCAUAUGCCAUACCAUGUGGUCGAUCUCCAGCCUAAAGAAAUCCCGAUUGCCAUGCCUUCUUUCUGUAUGGAUCAUUUCUAUGGUCUCAGCUGUGCCCUUUGCUCUGGUCUAUGACCAGGCACGGGCCUGCAUCCUGGACUACACAGCCACCACUCAAGAAGACGCUUUCCAAGUGUCCACAAUGUGUGAAAUGACUGAGCCUGAUCCUGCACACAUCUACAAAGGAGCUUUACUCCUGAGAGCGGGGUUCUUCUUUCUGGUUCCACUGGUCUCCAUCUUUACUUUGUAUAUGCUCAUCCUGCUUCACCUGAGGAGGAAUGGUCGUCAGAGGAGGAACAUGGGUCUCAUGCGACCAGAUCUAGAAGGAAGGCGAGAUAUCCAGUGCCAUCAGAAUGGAAAGCUACUUUUAAAUGAAAAGAGAGCUCUGAAACUCAUGGGUGCGGUUGUGGUGGCUUUUUUUGUUUGCAACUUUCCAGACAUUGCUUCAUCACUGAUGCAGGUGUAUGUGGUUGUGUGGUCCGACACUGUCCUUUCUGUCUACACAGUCCUCAAGUCAUAUUUGUCACUUCCACUGUGGUAUAUCAACGGUGCUCUGGACCCUUUGUUGUUCUGUAUUUCUUCCCACACAUUCCGCAGGGCGUGCUGGAGAACUUUAGGCAAGCUAAGACUUCACUGCUGCCAGAAGUUUGGCAGCAUGUCUUGGUGGAGGCAGAGAGGUUCUAGGGAAUAAGCAAGCACAACAGCUAGAAAGAGCAUUGAUGGGUACAUUCUAUGAAGAAUAAAUGAACAUCAUUGUACAGGCACUAAUAAGUACGGUCAGAGAGAUGUAAAAGCCCCUUUCAGCAAGAGCUGCAAUAGCAAGCACUGUAUAUUUUAUGGCUUUUUCUUUCAUGCUAUUACAGACUAUAUCUUCUUUCAUGUCCUGCUGUUCAUGUAUAUUUUUCUGAGUCUGAUGUUGUGUGCGUUUUGUUUUUUUUUUUUUUUUUUGCAAAUAUUGUAAAUAUGUUUAAUGUAUCUAGAAAUGUGUGGGCUGUAUCUGUAAUAUACUGUUACGUGAUCAUUCUGUUCUUUUAGAGGGUAUUUUGUCUAUCUACAAAAGAAACUUUUGUACAGUACGUGCUGUUGAGGUUAUACUAUUGUGACAGAUGAAUGUGAAAGUAUAUUUUCUGUAUUACGUGCAAAACUACAUUUCCAACAUGUCUAGGGAAGUCCUUACAUAAGAUGUGUGUUAUUAUGGUAGUAUUAUACUGUUUGAAAUAUUUGUUGUUCAAGAUGAUUAUUGAAGGAAUUUGAAGGAGGAUGGACAGCAUGCUCAAAAUAAAAAAGUCUAGCACCCUGAA